AUGUCCUACCCUCAAAUGACCCCCGUGCGGCCUGUGCCAGGCGCCUUCUUCAAUACGCCCGCAGCUUCUAGAUUUGCUGGCGGUGACAACGAGCCCGCGAGGCGGCGCCUGUUCCAAGAUGUCGAUGGAACCCAGGGCAGCACAACGACUGGCGGUAGCGGCGCCCUAGUAGGAGGAUCAAAUCUGGCACCUGCGACAGUAUCUUCAGUUGGAACGAGCAGCGGACUUGUAUCGACACCGCAAGCUCCCCAGCAAAACCUCCCACCCGUCACAAGAGCUGCCCAAGCGGUCAAUCAGUUCCUCCAAGCUGAUGAGAACUACCCUGAGUUGGAUUCAUACUGUAGGCCAGGUGCAUCCUCUGAAUAUGACUACAGCACCCUCGAUUCGGCUUGGGCGCCAUUCCACAAGACCCAGAUGUAUCCGAUUCCCAACCAGGUCUUCAGCCACUACAACACUGGCCAGCUCCAGACUCUGAUGGGCCUCUUUGCAGAGAUCAACCAUGCCUGGGUUGUCAUCGAUAACUCGCUGUUUCUCUGGGACUACACUCAUCCCGACCCCGAGCUUAUUGGUUUCGAAGACCAGCCGCACACGAUCCACGCCGUCAGUCUUGUUGCUCCUAAGCCGGGCAUCUUCGUCAAGACGAUCACACACAUCCUCGUCGUGGCCACAUCGUCUGAGAUGAUCCUCCUCGGUCUUUCUGCCACACCGAACCAGUCAGGAACCAAGACUGUGUCACUUUACAGCACGAAACUCAACCUGCCCCUCAGAGGCACCGACGUCAGAGUCAUUGCUGGUACUGCGGACGGACGUAUCUUCUUCGGUGGAAGCAAUGAUACUGAUAUCCACGAAUUGUACUAUCAGCAAGAGGAGAAGUGGUUUUCAAACCGGUGCGGCAAGAUCAACCACACCAACCCCGGAUGGUCUUCGGUUGUCACUCUCCAAAGCGGUUUCUGGCAACAAAAGAGCCCCGAGGGCUUACAGAGCAUUGUCAUCGAUGACUCGCGAAAGCUGGUGUAUACUCUUUCCACUAGGUCUACUAUUCGAACGUAUCACAUGGAUGGGCCCAACAAGCUCACCAAAGUCAUUGAAAAGGAGAGAAACGCUUGCCUCCGCGACAUUACUCAUAUGAUCACCCAGUCACCUCUGCUUAACGACCGUACGGCUAUUGUUUCGAUCAGCGCCAUCCCUGCUCGGGAGGCAUCGAAGCUGCAUUUAAUGGCUCUCACCAAUACUGGAUGCCGACUUUUCCUCAGCGCGACAAGUUCUGCUUCGUACAUGAUUGGCGGCGUUUCGUCCAACACACCUCCACAGAGCAUGCAAGUCCAGUUCAUCAAGUUCCCCCCGGCCGAAAACCCUGGACGUGCCGGUACAAACCAGGCUGGCGAGUCUAUCAUCGAUUUCACAUCCAAGGCUCUGGCUUUGAGCAGACUGGGAGCUCGCUUUGCUCCUGGCUACUUCUUGGACUUUGUCGUUAAGGAAUCUGACCCCAAUAUCGACCAGCUCUUCGUCUCCGCACCCGAAACUGGCCGGAUCAAGACCAACGCUUCAUCCCAACAGCUCAAAUACUACGAGCACGGCAACUGGAUCGAUAUCGGAAGUAGGGCAGAAGAUGUUGGUUUGGUCACCAAGCCCUUCGCUGCAGCUAAGCAACCCAUCGGUUUCGGAAACGAGCUUGCCGUCCAGUUUGACGAGCCUGCCACUGAGUUUGCUGUUCUCACCAAUACUGGUGUACACAUCAUCCGCCGCCGCCGACUUGUUGACACUUUCGCUGCUGCCAUCCGCGGUGCUGUUGGAGAUGAGGGCUUGGAACUGGAAACUCGGAAAUUCAUUCAACGAUACGGCCGUGUUGAGACCAUUUCUUGUGCUCUUGCAGUGGCGUGUGGACACGGUGGUGACGCACGACCGGGUGCAGCGCGCGCCAUUGAUCAGGCGACAGAAGAUCGCGCCCGUACCGUUUUCGUCGAUUACGGUGGACAACCCUCCAUUACUGAGACCGACGGCACACCGCUCAACACCACCUCCGUUCGCCUCUCACCUAGACAUGAUGCCCUGUGUGUGUAUCUCACCCGCCUAAUCCGAACCCUCUGGAAAAACUACGUCGUCGCCACCGCAGUGAGCCCAUCUGGUGGUGUCACCAUCGAGUCUAGAGUAUCACUCAGCAAACUUCUGUCCAUCCAGGAGCAGUUGGAGCGCCUCCGCAGGUUCCUCGAUGCCAACAAGAGCUUCAUCCAAGGUUUGUCUGGCCCGUCUGACCUGCAGAGAGUUGCCAGUAAGCAGGAAGAGGUUGCACUUCAGGCCGAGCACCAGGCCCUGUAUGCGCUCCAGAGGUUGAUGGAGAGCAUUUCAGAAGGCAUUUCCUUCGUCUCAAUGUUGUUUGAUGAGCGUGUCAGCGAUAUUUUCACCAGACUCGAUGCCACUGCCCAACAAGAGUUGAAGGAGCUCACCUACGAGAAGCUGUUUUCCCAGGUUCCUGGAAAGGAGCUGGCUAAGCUGCUUGUCAAGUCCAUCGUCAACCGCAACAUUGAGAGCGGAUCGAAUGUCGAGACAGUCGCAGAUGCGUUGAGGAGGAGAUGUGGCAGCUUCUGCAGCCCGGAUGACGUUGUUAUCUUCAAGGCACAGGAGCAAUUGAAGAGAGCAUCCGAGCAACCACCCAACAGCAACCAGUCUCGUACCCUACUGCACGAGAGUCUGAGACUUUUCGAGCGUGUUGCCAGCGCGCUGUCCUUUGCCAACCUCCACAACGCGGUUGCGCAUUACAUCGACCUCAAGUAUUAUGCUGGUGCUAUCCAGCUCUGCUUGGUCGUCGCCCGCGAGAAGGACAGAGGAAACACUGCCCUUUCCUGGGUUCACGAUGGCAAGCCCGCUAAUGAUCCUCGGGCCAAUGCUUACGCGGAACGCAGAAAGUGCUACGAGCUAAUUUACGAAGCUCUUCAGCAUUUGGACGCUGCGUCUACCAGAGAACCCGAGACUAUUGACGGCAGGUUGACCCUGAUUGGUACCAAGCGUCUCGAGGCCUACACCGUGGUGAAUGACGCGGAGGAUGAAGUCUUCCAUUUCGACCUCUAUGAGUGGUACAUUGAGCAGGGAUGGACUGACAGGAUCCUGGCUAUUGAGUCACCUCACGUUAUCACUUACUUGCAAAGUCUCGCCAGAACCAAUGUUGCCCAUGCCGAGCUUCUCUGCAAAUUCUAUACCCAGCGUGAGAGAUACUUCGAGGCUGCCCAGGUGCAAGCCGAUCUUGCAAACUCGGACUUUGACCUCGGCAUCAAGGACCGUAUUGUGCUUCUUAGUAAGGCCAAGGGCAACGCCAACGUUGCGACUGCCGGCGUCGGUAGACAACAACAGCAGGUCUUGGCUCACGAAGUUGGCGAGCUCCUCGACAUUGCCAACAUUCAGGACGACUUGCUGGAAAGGCUCAAGGCUGACAGCCGUAUUGCUCCGGAGCGCAAGGCAGAGAUUGAGCAGGCUCUUGAUGGCCCUAUACUGUCGCUCUCAGAUCUCUUCAACCAAUAUGCCGACCAAGCAAACUACUACGAUCUUUGCCUUCUCAUUUACCACAGCGCCGACUACCGCAACCCCAGCACUAUCUCUCAAACCUGGGUUAGCCUGAUUGAGCAGAUCCACGACGAGGCCGUCGAGCGCAUGGAGGAGGCCGGUCCCGGCAUUCCUGUGUUACCUUCGCCGUACGAAUCUGUGUCGGUCAAGGUUCAAAAUAUCGCCCACCGAACAUCACUCGACAGCUUCAUUUUCCCCGUACCUGUGCUGCUUCCCGAGAUUUGCAAAUACGCCGUCGAGUACCACCAGGAUGCCGAGAUCGGCGCCGACCCUACCUGGCCUGUGCAGCUGUUCAUCAGCCUCGGCGUCUCCCACGACAUGGUCACUCGCGUUCUUGAAAGCGUGUUCGACACGCAGGAUUACGGCUUCAGCGGUAACAACCGCAACCGCAUUAUCGAGCUCAUCGUUUUUGUUGUAGAUGCCUGGCAGCGUGAGGUGAAGCGACGUGGCGGCGCUUCUGUCAAGGGCGACGGGGCCAUUGGCGCCUGGGUCAAGGACCUGCUGAGCAGGUGUGAGGCGUCACUGCCGCCUGCUGGCCAAGGUUCCAACCCUGGUGGCGCGGACUUGUCGGAGGUUCGGAGGCGCCUACGGGUUGUGAGGCGGGGGGUUGAUGGACUCGUUGAGAGGGGUCCUUCUGGAAGCUUGCGCUUCAUGUAA